GCAUCCCACAUCCUGGCAACAGCAAGCACGACACAACACUCCACGGCAUCAGGCAACAUGUAACCUCGCAACCACAACAGCACUGAACUGUGGUAUUGCUUGGCAUGUUGGAAAAUACGGGGGUCUGAUCAGCAUUUCUGAUCUGUCCAAGCUGGUACUGUUUUCUAGAAAUGCUGAAAUGGUAAACAUUUCUCUUGGAAUUCCUCAGGAAGCUUGGUUUGUCUUUUCUCAGCAGUCAGUCACGUUGCUUUUUGUGUACUCGGAUAGUCACGUCUUUUGUUGGCGAUUUUAAUAUACCCAUUACUAUACUGUACUCGAAUUUAAGACGCAGGCUAUUUUUGAGAAGCAAAACAUUGUUUAAAAAAAAGGACAACUUUUCUGUCCAAACAAAAUCACCACAAUGCACAAACAGCAUCCUGUCCCACAUCGAACAAGCGGAAUGUGUUGGAGUCUGUCUACCUCAUGAAAUUCCGCCUUAACUAACGGAUGGUCAAAAUUCAGUAUUUAAAACCUGAACUGGAUUGUGAAACACUGGGAACUGUAUCUAGAGAACUACUUCACUGAUUGUGAUGAAACUUGGUUACGAUAUUCUUUAUUAAGAGUAUCAGUCUUGAUUAUUUUCUAAACACAAAUUAAACUAAAUAGUGAUUAUAAUUUAAACACACUGAAGUAUUGAAAAGCUAAACACUUUGUGUGAAUAGAUGAAGAAAAAAUAAUCAUGUAUAUUAUAUAUAAACCUGUGUCAGUGUUUAACAUAUUGUGACAAACCAAUGGGCAGGGUGAUCAAUGAGAGGUACGUAAGGGCAGAGGUUUUAAUGGGGUUGUGUCCUCCCACAAAAUGGCGGCAGCAUGAAGGACUACAACAGACAAAAUGUCCGCGCAAAAAGACUACAAUUACCAGAACCGAGGAAAAGCACACCGGGUGUGGUCAGCACACCUGCACAGGGUGUGACCGGCCUAGAUAAAAGAAGUCGGUUCACAACAAAAUUGCCAUAGAGGAGAAGGAAAAAAAAAAAAGCUGUGGCUCUCACUGUUUCUGUAGACUGCACCUCAAAAGAGUUCUUUCAAACUGGGCUCUUGCUAAACUGGACAGAAUCAAUGGAGACAUGCAGACAGAACUUCGCUGAACUGGUCACCAUGCAAAGCGAAGAGGAAUACCAGCAGUUUUUGUCAUACAUCAAACUUUAUGAAGGGGUGUACUGGAUUGGUCUUCAAUUCAACAGUAUCAAUAUCAAUAAUACUUGGGAAUGGGUUAAUGGAAACCCCACUACGUACAGCCACUGGGAUGUCCCUCCUACUGGUGCGGGAUGUGGAGCAUUUAACUCUUCGAGUGGUGGUUGGUUUAUACUUAAUUGCUCAUACAGAUUGAUGAGUGUUUGUCAAGGUAUUAUCACAGUAGGUGGAAAUGAUCCUGGGAAAAAAUGUGUCUUCCCCUUUUAUUAUGAAGGAUAUCGGUACAUCGGAUGCACAACCGUGAAUAACAACAAUAUUCCUUGGUGUGCAACAACCACUGAUUAUCCCAAAGACAUGAAGUGGGGUAACUGUCCUUUUACUGUGCCUCCUACCACUGGUGGAAACAGUAAUGGUGCACCCUGUCAAUUUCCUUUUAAAUACAACAAUAUGGAUUACUAUUCCUGCACUACAGACAGGAUGGAUUCCAAAGAACUCUGGUGCGCUACAGUUUCAAGUUAUGAUGAAGACCCAAAGUGGGGAUUCUGCACCACAUUAGACCCAACCCCACCUAGAGAGAUCAGUGUAGACUCUGUGGGAGACGACUCUGUUUCUCUGAGCUGGGGCCGUCCUGUCGGUAUGGAUGGGUUCCAGUACAGCUUCAACAUCACCUACUCCUGCUCCUUCUGGGGUCACAGUGGCUCCACCAGCGCACCCUCCAACUCCAUUGUCAUCUCUAACCUGAGAUCUGGAAGCGAGUAUGUCUUCAAUAUCACUACUGUACAGGACACAGUAAGCCAGAGCACACCUGCUUCGAUAUCUCUCUACACCAAACCAUCCCAACCUGGAGAGAUCAGUGUAGACUUUGUGGGAGAUGACUCUGUUUCUCUGAGCUGGGGCAGUCCUGUCAGUAUGGAUGGGGUCCAGUACAGCUUCAACAUCACUUACUCCUGCUCCUUCUGGGGUCACAACGGUUCCACCAUCGCACCCUCCAACUCCAUUGUCAUCUCUAACCUGAGAUCUGGAAGCGAGUAUGUCUUCAAUAUCACUACUGUACAGGACACAGGGAGCCAGAGCACACCUGCUUCGAUAUCUCUCUACACCAAACCAUCCCAACCUGGAGAGAUCAGUGUAGACUUUGUGGGAGAUGACUCUGUUUCUCUGAGCUGGGGCCGUCCUGCCGGUAUGGAUGGGGUCCAGUACAGCUUCAACAUCACCUACUCCUGCUCCUUCUGGGGUCACAACGGUUCCACCAUCGCACCCUCCAACUCCAUUGUCAUCUCUAACCUGAGAUCUGGAAGCGAGUAUGUCUUCAAUAUCACUACUGUACAGGACACAGGGAGCCAGAGCACACCUGCUUCGAUAUCUCUCUACACCAAACCAUCCCAACCUGGAGAGAUCAGUGUAGACUUUGUGGGAGAUGACUCUGUUUCUCUGAGCUGGGGCAGUCCUGUCAGUAUGGAUGGGGUCCAGUACAGCUUCAACAUCACUUACUCCUGCUCCUUCUGGGGUCACAACGGUUCCACCAUCGCACCCUCCAACUCCAUUGUCAUCUCUAACCUGAGAUCUGGAAGCGAGUAUGUCUUCAAUAUCACUACUGUACAGGACACAGGGAGCCAGAGCACACCUGCUUCGAUAUCUCUCUACACCAAACCAUCCCAACCUGGAGAGAUCAGUGUAGACUUUGUGGGAGAUGACUCUGUUUCUCUGAGCUGGGGCCGUCCUGCCGGUAUGGAUGGGGUCCAGUACAGCUUCAACAUCACCUACUCCUGCUCCUUCUGGGGUCACAACGGUUCCACCAUCGCACCCUCCAACUCCAUUGUCAUCUCUAACCUGAGAUCUGGAAGCGAGUAUGUCUUCAAUAUCACUACUGUACAGGACACAGGGAGCCAGAGCACACCUGCUUCGAUAUCUCUCUACACCAACCCAACCCCACCUGGAGAGAUCAGUGUAGACUUUGUGGGAGAUGACUCUGUUUCUCUGAGCUGGGGCAGUCCUGCCGGUAUGGAUGGGGUCCAGUACAGCUUCAACAUCACCUACUCCUGCUCCUUCUGGGGUCACAACGGUUCCACCAUCGCACCCUCCAACUCCAUUGUCAUCUCUAACCUGAGAUCUGGAAGCGAGUAUGUCUUCAAUAUCACUACUGUACAGGACACAGGGAGCCAGAGCACACCUGCUUCGAUAUCUCUCUACACCAAACCAUCCCAACCUGGAGAGAUCAGUGUAGACUUUGUGGGAGAUGACUCUGUUUCUCUGAGCUGGGGCCGUCCUGCCGGUAUGGAUGGGGUCCAGUACAGCUUCAACAUCACCUACUCCUGCUCCUUCUGGGGUCACAACGGUUCCACCAUCGCACCCUCCAACUCCAUUGUCAUCUCUAACCUGAGAUCUGGAAGCGAGUAUGUCUUCAAUAUCACUACUGUACAGGACACAGGGAGCCAGAGCACACCUGCUUCGAUAUCUCUCUACACCAAACCAUCCCAACCUGGAGAGAUCAGUGUAGACUUUGUGGGAGAUGACUCUGUUUCUCUGAGCUGGGGCAGUCCUGUUAGUAUGGAUGGGGUCCAGUACAGCUUCAACAUCACCUACUCCUGCUCCUUCUGGGGUCACAACGGUUCCACCAUCGCACCCUCCAACUCCAUUGUCUUCUCUAACCUGAGAUCUGGAAGCGAGUAUGUCUUCAAUAUCACUACUGUACAGGACACAGGGAGCCAGAGCACACCUGCUUCGAUAUCUCUCUACACCAAACCCAAGGAGAAGCGCUUCUACCUGAAAUUUGUCUGCAGUUCUACAGAACCGUCUGCAUGUGAAAAAGAGAAGCAGAAGGUUCAACAGGAGUUUGAAGCCAGGCUGGCGAAGCAGCUGAAGGGAUUGUACUGGAAACUGAACUGGAAAGAGAAGGAGGUGAAAGAGUGCAUUGAUGGACCAGAGGAAGACGUUUAAAUACUGUUACUCCAAUAUUACAUUUUAAUAACUGCCUUUAUUACUUUGAGCCUGUGGAACCCUAGAUGCUUUUGAGUAUUUAGUAUUUUAAACGUUUCCUUUAACUUAGUUCCAUGUUAGUUUUUUUGUGAUUAUAAAUUGAAUGGAUAUAAGACCAGACUGGAGGCUUUGAUAAGAGGUGAUCCGGUAAACACUAGUAGAGAUAGUAGAAAUCUGUGCUUUACUCUGACUGAUAGGGAGCUGAUUAGGAAAGUCUCUGGGCUACAGUCAUCAAUGAUUUUACCUAAGAGCACCCAGGCAUGAUGCUGGAGGUGAGUACAUGAUACUAAAUAUAUUGCUAUUAUUAAUAAUAUACAUUUAUAUCCUUUGCAAUGCUUGCUAUCUGUAGACAAUUGCCCUUUUCUUUUGUAAGUUCCUUUGAGCUAAGAGUCUUCUGCUUGGGAUACCCACCUGAUGCCACAGUCAGUGAUCUAGCAGGUAAUGACCACAGUGUUGGACAUUCAUGCUUAAGCUGAUCGUUUUUCUCUAGUUGAUUUGGAGCUGAUAAGGAAAGGCUGGAGGCUCUACUCUUAAACGAAUGAACUCAAGAGUGCAGGAUGAUUGUAAGAUUGUUUCUUCUCAUUGUUAUCAUUAUAAUGUGAUCAUAUUUGAAUAGCUGCAUUAAAAAAUUAAACCAAUAUAUUGUAUUGUUUUUUGUUUUAUUGAGAGGAACGGUAGUUCUUCAUGCCAAACGAGAACUGCCAGACUCUUUAUACAGCAAGGAUAGUUUAUGUGUUUUCAGGGUAUUGGCGCAGCAAAAGUAAAUCAGCCAAAAGCACCAUUUCACUUUUAAUUUGUUGUUCACAACACUCUUAGGUUAAAUGUAGAAAAAAAGUCAAUACCUGUCAUACAGUAAGAGAAAUAAGUAGCCAAAGUAAAGUAAAAAUGAACUUCUCCUUCUUUUUCUCACAACG